AUGGGCAUGUAUGGCAUGCUCCAGCGUGGCGGACGAGGAGCCAUGAAGCGUUUCGACGAAUAUUAUCGCUGCUAUCCGACUAUUAUGCUUCCUGGCCCAGAGCGGGAGCAUCUGAACUAUGGCGGGAAAAUCAUCUUGCCGCCCUCCGCCCUCGAGAAGUUAACCAGACUACACAUCACAUAUCCUAUGCUGUUCGAGCUCUAUAACGGCGAGGAAAAGAAGCUAUCUCACGCGGGUGUCUUGGAGUUUGUCGCAGAGGAGGGGAAGGUGUAUUUGCCACACUGGAUGAUGAGGACGCUAGAACUAGAAACCGGAGAUAUUGUCCAGAUCAAAUCGACAGAUCUUCCGUCGGCCGCUUUUGUUAAACUGCAACCCCAAAAUACCAAUUUCCUCGACAUCUCUGAUCCCAAGGCUGUUCUUGAGAAGGCCUUCCGCGAUUUCGCAACCCUUACGAAAGGCGACAUAUUCAGCUUCAGCUAUAACGACACAGUGUACGAUAUUGCAGUCAUUGAAGUUAAACCUACAAGUGAUAAGAUGGGUGUUAGUAUGCUAGAGACGGAUGUAUCUGUCGACUUCGCUCCACCAAUAGGAUACAAAGAGCCGACGUCCAACAAGGGUAGUGGCACAAGCACUCCAAGAAGUGUAGCAGGUUUACCAGCCGGUGGAAUGUUACACAGCCAAGGUACCAUGGCUCAAGCUAUCAACUACGAUGCCAUUGCUCCAUCUUCCAACUCCGCCGCCGCAGGUGCUAAAGCUGUAUCCUCCAACUUCAUAUCAGGCGGGCAUAAACUCAAUGCUAAGAAAGGUGCUAAAACACCCACGCCUAAAGCAUCUACACCUGUCGCCGGCACUUCGACCAAUGCUGCUGCUUUGCCGCUCAGGAGAACAAACGGCCCCCAACCGUUGAGAUUACCCCCCAAUAAACUGUUCUUUGGUUAUGAAGUUACGCCUGUGAAGACCCAAGCAGAUAAGGACAAGGAGAAUGCCGAUGCCAAACAACCUCAUUUUAUGGGACAGGGACAGACCCUUAGGGGGGGCGUGAAGCGGAAGGGAGACGUAGAGAAACCUGCUGAGUCAGAUAAGAAGCCUGAGACUGCCGGAAGUACCGGCCGACGCCUUGAUGGAAAGAAGAUUUAG